AUGUCGCGGCAAUAUACGCAUGUACCGCUUUCGAGUCCCAGGCACAUUCGUGUCGUGGUGCUACGACCGGCUGAAAACCUUGCGGCUCCCCUCGAUUUCUGUAUCGUGGAGACAUCGCUGGAUCAGCCUCUUCCAUAUUCUGCAGUAUCAUAUGCAUGGGAUGCUCCGUCCGGGAGCACUGAACUCAACUGCGGUAACGGGAGUUUGCUGGUCACGCCUAACUGUGAAGCUGCUCUUCGUUAUCUUCGGGGCAAGACAGCGACUCGACGGCUGUGGAUCGAUAGCAUAUGCAUUGAUCAAACUGAGAAUGCCAUGGGCGAGCGAAAUCAUCAGGUAUUCCUCAUGGGCGAGAUAUUCAAGAAGGCGGACGGAGUCUUGAUAUGGCUUGGUGAGAUGGAUGAGGAUACCAGAAUCGCCAUGGUUGCGGUCGACAACGUUAUCAAGCAGCCGAAACUCGGUGAGACUCUCACCGACCCAAGUGCGAGGCCGCAAGCGCUUUCAACUCAAACCAGAUAUAAGGCAGCGGAUUUUCUCUCUCUCAUUUUCAAGCGAUCUUGGUUUCAUCGCAUGUGGACCAUUCAAGAAGCCUUGCUUCAGCAUGUUGAUCGGGUCAUAGUCCAGUGUGGCAACACCACCAUCCGGUGGAUAUACCUCCUCGGCGUGGCCUUCGCAAUGGACGGAGCGGAGGCCGGCUGGACUCCAUGCGCUCGGACCGUGCUUGUACAUGGACGGCUGUUAACCUCAUUGAUACAUCUGGACCGGGAAAGAUACGAACGAGCACUUCCCGAAAGCGCGACAGUUUUGGAACCUUCCGCGGAGUCUGAACCACGUGCGGAAGGUUUUCAUUUCCCGAUCAGUGUCAUUUUUGAUGACGCGAAGGGGAAAUUGGCGACAGAUCCCAAGGACAAGGUUUUCGCACUGUAUGGCAUGUUCCAGGAAUUUCAAAUUGCAAUCCCAAGUCCUGACUACAACAAACCUAUGCAAGAGAUAUACAAGGAGUCGGCAAUUGCAAGUAUCAAGAAUGACAAGGACUUAUCCAUCCUCUAUUAUGUACCAUCUGCUUCUCGCCAUCCAGGACUUGCUUCGUGGGUCCCGGACUGGAGCCAGCCGGGCUGGGAGGCAGCGGGCUCGAGAUUUUGUUUCAGGCGGGAUCAUUUCGACACAGCCAAAAAUACGAGUGGAAGAUGGCGAUUUUCACCGGAUUCGAAUCAUCUUAUCGUGUCGGCAAGAAUUUUCGACUCUGUCGUGUUUCGGUUAGAAGGGCUUACCAAAGGCAACCGGCUUUCCAAGAAACUGUGUGAUGGAAACGUAUACGACCUGAUAACCACAACUGGAAAGGAAUGGGUCCGGAUGUUGGACGCCUACAGAGAGACGUUUGAGAUCAUGACGCGUUGGGUUAAGAGUACCCACGGAAAUUGCUAUCCUACAGGAGAAGAUUUACAGGAAGCUUUGCAACGGACCCUUUUAUUUGACACCCCUGCCCUCAUCUCCCUUGUUGCCAACUGCGAUGCCUUCAAACCAUGGUUUCGAGCCGCAACAGCCAGUGAUUUGGAGUUUGUCAGAAUGGGUGUUGAAAAUAUCAACACCACUCAACCGAAUCAGCCGUACUCCGUGGGUGAGGCGUUCUUGAAGGCAUGCCUGGAAGCCCUGACACCUUCGCAAUUGUUCUCCAUGGUUUUAGAAUCUAUUCGGUGGUUUCAGCUGGUAGCCAUUUUUCAUUGCCACCACAAAUGCUUUUUCCACACGAAGAAAGGGUAUUUCGGCUUGGCACCAGACUCUCUGCCUACGCCGAUCAGCCCUGGAGACGUGAUCGCUGUGGUACAGGGCAUGGAGAUGCCGUUCUUGCUCCGGCCUGUCGACGGAGGAUACAAACUUCUCUCCCAUGUCUACGUCCACGGUAUCAUGUACGGAGAAGCUUGGCCAGACGACGCAAACGAGGUGGAGGACCUUGUAUUGAUUUGA